AUGGAUGGAUGGUCUGGCAAAGACAAAAGAAGUUCAUCUGGAGAUGAGGCAGAGAAGGUCUAUCUUGAGAUGGAAAGCUCGGGAUCUAGCGACAAAAGCCAGAGGCCUCUUGAAUCCAGUGUGAUGAAGCAUGUAAUUGGCGCAGCGUGCAUGCUGACCCAGAAGUCCUCUGACGAGGAUGUGGAUGAUGAAGAGAGGAUCUCUACAUUCGAUGUGUACAUAGUUAAUGAAAAUGGAAAAGUGAAUGGAUAUGAGCUGAAGCACAUUGGGCCUGCCGAUGGAAUUGAGUCUAUGAGCUCUCCAGGAGACUCCUCUGCAGACGAGGUGAUAAGAUCUUUUCGCUUUGAUCGCAAAGGCAGAGGAGUUCCGCCCCACGAAUUCUACAAGAGAAAGAGGUCCCACGAGCUUCCCCAGAACCAUGGCGGAAGUAGCAGCUGUGGAAACAAAGAAAAGUGUGAGCCGAUAAUUCUUGAGAUAUCCGAAAUAUCUGAAACUUACAAUGGAAACGACACAGAUGAGCACCAGGAUAGUGGUAAGGGCAGUCAGUCUUCUGCUGUCUUAGAGAAGACUUCUUCAUGCCAAAGCAAUGAAAUGCCCAGCUCGUUUAUUAAUGUGGGUAAUGAUCUCACUGGGCAGGAAGUCUCCAAAGAAUCUGAUAUCGAGGUCUCCAAAGGCAAUGAAGACACUAAAGAAGAAAGCCUCCUGGCAUUACCAGACAAAAGUGCUUCCUCUGGACCUACUCUUCUGAGCUCUAGCAGCGAGUUGUCUGUCAGCCGUGAGCUUGAGACAGCAUCAUCUACCUCUGCAUUGGCUGAGCCGAAGAAGAAAGAAGACAGGGAAAUGAACGACUCGAGGGCCAUGGGAAACAUCAUCAAGGCUAUUCAGGCGCAAGAGCCCGAAGAAAAGGACAUUAUAAACCAGAAGAUCGGACUGAAUAGUCCUUGCGAAACUGCAGAGCAAACAUACACAAGCGAAGACAUAGUGAAUUCCGAGGAUCUCUGCAAGGAGCUGAAAACAGCUCUGCUUGCCGCAUUCAUUCCUUCCAUGGAGCCUUCCAGUGCCGAAGCAUCCGAAACAUCGUUUGUAGAAACCUGCAUCACCCGGAACAUUGGUGACAGGCUAGUAGACGGCAUGGAAAAGGUCGAGGAAUUCAAAUCCAUUUUGGACUUCGAUAGGACAGAUAAUCCUGCCACCUGCUCAGAUAGCAGAGGCAGAGAAGCAGACAGGGAUGACGAAAUGAUAGUUUUUGUUGAGGCCGGGGACGUUGGGAGGAAGAAAAGCAACACGCACACAAGAAAUAAUAGGGUUGGAAGACUAGUCAAAUUUUUCGAGAACUUGGAAGAAAGAAGUAAGGAGGAGAGCCGUAGUUGA